AUGCCGACGUGCUCGCGCUGCCUCGAGAAAAAGCCGCUCGACGCCUUCUCGGACGCGCAGCUCGUCUCUGGCAAGCGAAAGUGCCUGCAGUGCUCCAACCCACGCCUUCACGAGCGGAAGGUCGCCGAGGGCCUCGCGGGCCGCCCUCUCGCCGACCUGGGCCGUCAGCGGCCGCGCGCGGCGCCGCCUCCCGCCGACGCCACGCUCGCGUGCACCGGAUGCGGACGACACUUCCCGCUCCGCAGCUUCUCGGCACGGCAGCGCUCGCCGCAGGGCAAGGGCCGCUGCACGGCAUGCGCCGCCUCGGCGUACGCAGCCAAUACGGCCGAGCAGCAGGCCGCCGCCAAGCGCCGCAGGUUGGAGGAGGCCGCCACGCCGGCGACUGCCCCGCCGCUCGCGGGCGGCGCUCGUGGCGGACGCGCUGACAGCUGCUCUGACGACGAGCGGUAUGAGGAGUCGCUGCUCUCGUGCGUGGAGGCGUUCCGACCCGCGCCGGCGGCCGCGCCCGCGCCGCUCGACGCGAGCAACGUCGGCCACCGCCUGCUGCAGCGUCUCGGCUGGUCGCCCGGUCGCCGCAACUUCGCGCUCAUGCCGUCGGCCUCCAGCCAACGCGAUUGCAGCAGCGCUGGGCCGGGACCGAACGUUGCGGUCUGCAUCACGGGCUCCGUGCGCUCCUUCGGCCAGCGGCGUAUACACGGCGGCAUCCUGCGUCACCUGGUCCAGGCCUUUGUCGGAGGGUACCCCUAG